UGUAAAUAAGGAAGUGCAACGAGAAGCCAGGAAACAGCUGUCUGGCAGUAUGCACGAGGUGUGAGAAUUCCAUGGAAACGAUAAUCAGAGCUCAGGUAGAGGUGGAGUCACCACGACAACUAGUUGCCCCGACAACACGGUAGCAGGACGGUGCUGAUGGUAGGAUGCGUGUGACAUCGUUUGGGUUGAGAUGCAGAAGGCCGAAGCGUGUUCUCAUCAUCUGUGUGCUGCUGCUGCUGCUCGUGGGAUGUCUCUACUUGGUGCAGGUCGUCCAGGAGAUCAUACAUGACAUGAGCUGUUCGGAGCAGGAAUCUCAUGAGGUGCUGCAACAGUAUUGUCAGAUGUACCGAGACAAACGUAUAGUUGGCGAUCUGUGUCCUCAUCUGUGUGGCAAUGACCCCAAAGUACAAUAUAAGAAAUGUACAAACUAUCGCCAAGGAAAGCGGGUGUUCAUCGUCCAGUGUCUGGACUUCUGUCAAGAAGGUGCUACAGUGAAAGCAGUCCUGAAAACAAACCACAAAAACUUCUCCGACUUCCUGAACGAGGAGUUCUCCUUCGAAAGAGAAGAUCAAGAGAAUAACGGUCCAUCCAUUGACUUCCUGCAGACAAUGAUUAAAGACACAUUGCAAAUGGACUUACACAUGACCCUACCAAAAGAAACAGACCCAAUUGCAUUCAUGUGGAAAGACAAUUACUUCGACUAUUAUAAGAAAAAUAAUAAAAACAGCCAGUUUGCUCUAGCCAGAUCAGUAUGGUCGCUGGUUCGUCAGUCUGAGUAUUUAAUGAUGAAGGCCAAUCAAGAACACCAGUUUAUGCCACAGCUCUAUGGGACUUGUGGACCGCUCUACUUGAUGGAGUACGCACCCCCGGGGGACAUGUUGGAGCAUGAAGUUCAGUUUACCAACUUCCCCUGGGUUGUUAGAGCAAGGGUGGCCAAGGGCAUUCUGGGUAUUUUAUGGUCGGUCCAAGAAGAUAUGCAUGAGCCAAUGCACUUGUGUGAUGUGAAGGGAGAGAACUUUGGAGUUUCGGAGGAUGGGCAAGUGAAACUUAUUGACACAGAUACUGUGUUUUAUGAUAGUAAGAUGCUGGAUGAGCUAGCCUUGGGGAACUGUUCACGGAACAAUGAAUGUAACUUCUUUGACUGCCGUGGAUGGUGUGAUGCCAAGACAGGUAGUUGUGCUAAGUUUCGCAUCAACAACAACCUACAGAGUGUGUGCCAAGAUGUGUUCCUUGGUAAGCUCAUGGACUCUGUCGGAGGUCUGCUGAGAAAUCCCCUCGUGCCAUCAAGGCUCAACUCAAAUCCAUCCUGGACAAAUGUGCUUCAGUCAGACCUCGAAGAUGGUAUCCCGUCCAAAACCGUCAGAGGAAUUAUACUGGCGCCUAUAUAACCUUCUACAGAACAGCAUUGACAGCCAGGGUUAGCCAGUUACCAUGGUAAUACAUACAUAUACCUCUCAGUCCCAUUUUGUGUUGUCAAGGAUCAGGUUAACUUACUUACACAUAGUCAGUACUUCAUAGCUGGGGUAUGUUCAUCCAUCACCAUGAUCUCUCAGUUUACAUGCAGCAGAACACGAGCAUGAACACAGCAGUUAUAUGGGAGUGAAAUGAGUGCGCUGUUACUCACGGUAUGUGUUGCGGUACAAGGUCUUCGAUCGGUCUGUUUUGGUUGGUAUAUGAGAACUUACUUCACGGAAUAUAUCGGCUGUCAAGCAAAGAAAUGCAUAGAUUUGACAAAAUAAUUCAAUUUCUAAACAUUUUAGAAAAGGUUUAAAAUGGUUAAUAAAAUGAUGGCACAAAAACGAAAAUACUGAAUUUUUGGUUUGCAUUAUGGUAUGCCGAACUGAAGGCAAAAUACUACAGUUCUACUAUAUACUGCGGUAUGCCGUUUCACCCCUACAGCAAUAGAGUGCAUCAAUACAGCUACUAUGCAGUGAGUUUGUACAAACAGCUUGAAUGAAUUAAGACAUACAGGGCCUGAAUGCAUACAUUGGCUAUGGAGUGCAUGAAUGCAUAUAGUUUCUUUGGAGUGCAUGAGUGCAUGAAUGCAUAUAGUUUCUUUGGAGUGCAUGAAUGCAUGCUAUGCAGUGGAUGAAGUGCUAAUGAUCAAAUAAUCAAUCAAUUGAUCUCACUGGUGUUAGCGAUUAUCGAUGAGCUGAGGAAACUAAGCGAUAUUCAUCAAAUAUGAAACAUCAAAUCAAACUUAAGAAGUAUGUUUCUUAUUGUUAUGUUUGUUAAAUCAAAACAUAAACAACUGAUGCAGUUUCUGACUAGUAAAACUGCAAUGUAAACAACUUACUCUCAUGCAUGUUUCAUCCAUAAGGGUCCUCAUUCAUCAACUGGUGCCUGUUUCUUGCCUGUCCUGUUAUUGCCCACAGAUGUUUAGUGGUGGUGUUUCACGAUUACAAUCGAAGAUUGAUCCAUUACUCAUCUCUGAUUAUCGAUCUGCAUAUUGUGAGCGAUAACCAGCACUUAUGAAUACAUACACUUACCAUGCUGUGCAUGAACAUGGACAAACAGUACAAAGUGCAGUACUGAUGUGUUUAUGAUAUUCCGUAAGCUGACAAAAUGACACCAUUUAGGACUUUAGGACUGUUUGUAAUUUGAUUGGUAAUUUCAAUAAAUUUUAAGUGGAUACUGAGAAUAACCACUUCCAAGAUCAUCACUGCAAUGAAAA